GUCCAACGUCAAGCAACGAAAAACGAAAUUUCGGUUCGGUUCGGAUUUCGCCAUCUCUCCUCUAUUUCGCUUCAAAACUCAAAAGAGCAGUUCAUUUUCAUUCGUGUUGUUCGGUUUGUACUUCGUUUUGGAUUUUUGUAUUAAAAAAGAAAAGUCUAUCGUAUGCGCGAGAUCGAGAAUUAAAUACAAAAAUUAAAAUCCUAUCCAAAUAGUAUUCCUGUGCUUGCUGAUGAUUUUUCCACGAUGAUAGAAAAAUAGAAUAACAAACCAAAAACAAAAAAAUAAAACAUAUUCCGUCGGCCAAUCCCAAUUAGAAAAAUUAAAAUAAGUUAGAAACAAGAAUAAAACCUGUUAAAAGAAAACAUGAAUGGGAUCACAACUUGAUGCCAAUCCGUUUCCAAUUUAACUACAAAUCGCAAUCUAAUUCCCCGUCCCUGUUAUCAGUAGCAAAAUUUAAACAAAAUAAAUAUACAAAUUUUCCCCCAAGUGUGAAAAAAGUUACAAAGUGCACUAAUCUAAGAAAAAACGAAACACUCGCUGAAGCUGAUAUACACAUAAAAUAAUAAACAACGCAGCGCACGAAUAGUAAAGCAGCAAAAGCAGCAAUCAGCAACGACGACGAGGACGGGUGCGAAAUUCAAUUUAAUUCCGAAUUCGGAUCGAAAAAAAGUGAAAUUUAUUCAUCAAGUGUAAAAGUAACAAAACUAACCGAAACGAAAUCCCUUACAAAACCCAGAGCCAAACCCAGACCCAGGCUCGAUAAACCGAGAACCAAUCGACUGACAUCGUCGUCGUCACCGUCAUCGUGAGUUAAAGUGUUUCAAGUGUAACUAUUCGAAUCCCAAACCCAUUACCUGCAGAACAAGUUCUUAAUAUUUCCAUAAAUUAUCUUACAACCAACUUAAAUAUCUUAAGAGUGCAAUUAUGAGUUCAAGUGCUGGCGUAACUACUGCUGCUGGUGCUGAUGAUUCCUCAGCCGCCUCAUCUACCUCAGUGCUCCUAAUCACGGCCAAUGUUGGUAGUGUUUUCGAAGAUCCAUCGCGAUUAUUGGAACCAUGGGUGGAGGAGUUCCUUGGGCGUGUAACAGAAUUGAGUCCUCGAUUCUUGGCUUUGCAUCUGCAAGAAGUCGGCGGAAAAACUUAUGAAAAGUCAAUGGAAUAUGUGCAGGAUUUCAUAAGGAGUUUGUGUGAAGCCAAGCAAUUGAGUGAUUACUCGUGCAUUCGUAUUUAUAUGGAUGAGGAUUUCAAGUCAGCCGAACACUUUACUGCUCUGGGAAAUUUAUAUUUCGUCCACCGGUCGCUAGAAGGGGUGAAAAUAUGGAACUUCCUUUCACACGAAUGGGACUCAGCCGAAGGGAAAAACAUUUACACGGGAAACAUUGAGACUAUCUCCACCAAAGAGAAAUCCAAAUUUCCGCAACACUUCUUUCCGGAAUGCAAAUGGUCGCGUAAAGGCUUCAUGCGUACGCGCUGGGAAAUUAAUGGAACUGUUAUUGAUCUCGUCAAUAUUCAUCUAUUUCAUGAUGCUUCUAAUUUAGCCGCCUGCGAAGAGUUCCCCUCGGUGUAUUGCAAGACCAGGAGGAGAGCUCUUGUUCACACAUUGGAAAGAUUCCAUAUAGAUGCCAAAAACGGUCUGGCACCCUUCUUUGUUUUUGGAGAUUUUAACUUUCGCUGUGAUACAGAAGGUGUUGUUAAAGAACUUACAGAAAACUUAACUGCACAUCGGGUACAAAGUAUUAAGCAUGAUAGUACAAAGGUGCACUAUAGAAAUACCGAUGGCGAUAAUGUACUUACAGUUGGUAAAAAAGAAUUUAACUAUGCCGAUCAUCAGCUUAAGUUUAAAGAAGCUUGGCUGCAAAAAUACGACCGGGAGUUGGAUCCACUUAAUGAAAUUCUAGUCGAAUAUCCAAUCAAAUUCCCCCCAACCUAUCCAUAUGAAGAAGAUCCAGACAUGCCAUCGGAUUAUAUGUCAACCCGUUGUCCAUCCUGGUGUGAUCGUAUAUUGAUGAGUCCGGCUGCUAAGGAUCUAAUUGUUGAAAAUGAAAACAGUGAAGUGAAUCCCUACAACAUAUUGGGAGAGAAUGUUUGUAUGGGUGAUCACAAGCCAAUCAUAUUGAGCAUACAACUUAAAGCCAAACAAGGUACAUUUAGAUGUUGUAAUUGCUUUAAGCAUGCUAGUGCGCCAAAUAGCAUACUAAGUAAAGACGAGCUUGAUAAAAUUAGUCAAUCACUCAAUGCCAAUGAGGACAAUGCAAUGCAAAAUUAUUGUCCCUAUAACAGUAAUGUAUUUAAUACCAUCCUAAUCGAAUGUCAAAAAUUAUGCCCUAAGCCCUCAGUCGUCAGCAUUAAUAAUCGCCAUAGUCGCAAUGCUAACAAUUCUAGUCUAACAGAAACUGCUGCUGCUUCUGGUGUUACUGAUAAUGCGGCUGAUGCUGUUGCUACAGAUGCUUUAGAUGCAGCUGCAACUGCAAGUAUCAUUGUUGCUAAACCAGAAGAUAACUCAACAACAUCGACUUCACCCUUUAAACAGCAACAGCCGCAAAUCAGUAUAAAUCUAAUCGAUUCGGACAAUCUUCCCAUAUGUCUGUGCUCGCAAAUUUCCGAAGAAUCUGAAAGACUAUCACGACGCCGCCGUACGACUCCAUUACAAUCCACUGAAUCUGAUGAUUCGAAUGACGAUAGUAAUCACGAUGAAGAUGACGAGAACGAGCAAAGUGCGUUGAACAAUAAAAAGAUUUGUCCCGAAUGCCAGAAUAUAAUAAGGCGACAGCCAGUCGAACACCGCUGCACACUAAUAUCAAAACGAUUGCUUCUAGCCAAUAACAUUAUUGUUAAUCGCAUUGAUACACAUUACCUUAAUACAUACCUUGAUAACCGCCAGGAUCCGUACACCCCUGAGAGCGCCGAAUCACACUCGCCGUAUCCAGAAUUCGAUACCAGCCAUAGUAGCCGCAGCAGUCCCAAUGACGAACUCACCGAUGAACCAUUGCGUUCGAACAACAAUACCGAAGCUAAACUUCUAUCACCCAAGGCCAAGAAGACUGCCGCUGCGACGACGGCUACAACAGCCAACGUGGCUGCUGCUGCUGCUGGUGGGGUCAAUUUGAAACCCGUUGAAUUACGUGGAAUUGUCUCGCCGGGCCAGUUGAAGUCCCGGCUGGAGCAUUUGCAGCGCACCUCGUUGCAAAACGAAGAUUCAGAUGAGUUAAAUGAGGCGGGUAUUAUUGGCAAACAUAAAAAUAAUAAUCGCUGUAUUGAUGGUUGUUGUACGAUUCUCUAAAAAAAAAACAAAAAUCCAAAACAUUGUUGCAUUAUUCCAAAACUAAACUUCAAAAAAACAAAAUAUAUCAAAAUCCAUAAAUUAAGUCCCCCCAACACUCGUACACGCACACAAAAUUCCUCACUAGAUUUUUUGCUAUUGUUGCUAUUUUUCCUUAAUUAUUAUGUUUUUUUUUUCGUUUUGGAUUUUGAAUAUUAUUUAAUUUAAUUAUUUUUGUUUUUGAAUUUAUGUUUAACUUACAGUUAAUAUUACAAUGUGAUAUUUAUAAUGUUAUAUAUUUAAAUCAGAGGUGUAUUGUAUGUCGUUAGUUGAUUAAAUUUUGUCUGGGGACGUUAAAACUGCCAUAAAAACGCUCUUAAAUGGAGAUAAAUGAAAUUGAAUCUGUAUUGUACAUAUUUUUACUAUUGAAACGAGGAUGUUUCAUUUAUCUCAAUAUACCUAUACAUACAAACAUCUAAACCCUUUGUCUUCCUUCCUUGUAAACCAACCAAAGAAGUUUAAAAAGAAAACAAAUGUUAACGCAUAUUAACUUAAAUGUUUAACAAUCAAAUAUAUAAUUCGUUGAAACAUUGGAAGCUUAUUAAUAUUUGCAUCCAUGUUUCUGCGGAAGUAUAAAAUCCUUAAUACAAAAAGAAUCUUUAUCCGUUUAAUUGUUUCUUGAUUUCUCUAAACAUACAUUUGCUUUUGAUGAGUCAAUAACUUAAAAUAUCAUUGAAGGGUUAUUCAUUGUUCACUUACUUUAAUU